AUGCCUGAAGACAUGUCUGCUCGUGAUAAGAAUUGGCAAUUUUUCCCGCAAACAAAUAAUAAUAAUAAUGAUAAACAAACAAAAGAUCCACGGUUAAAGCCUCAUGCUUUGAAAAAAAAUACAAUAAUAAAAAAGCAGAAAUUCGGAAGUUUCAUGGGAAAAAUACUUCUUCAAAGUAAUAAUAAAAAAUCAAGCUCUGAGAAAGGAGGAGUUGAACAGCAAAAAGCUUUAAAAGAAGAACCUUUUUCUGGACUUUUUCAGGUCAGGAAAAAUCGAAUUGAACAAUCUAAUACCUGUCGAUCAACGAAUAGCAAUGCUGUGGAAAUAAAGUUUAGCUUUAAAAAGGACUUGGCAAACUUUCCCCCCUCUGUUAAAAACUAUCGCAUUGUUAAUGGAAGGAAAACACGCUGGGAUAUUCAAGAUUCUCCUUCUACACAGCAACAACAUGCCGAUGAGAAAAACGAACAAGAAGAAGAUGAAAGCAGCCAUUCAUCUGAUGAGGAUACAAACUCUAUUAACACCUUACAAUCUGAUGACGAUGUAUUAGGUCCUUGGAUUGAACUUGGCAUGAUUGAUCCUAUUACUACUACUACUACUACUACUACCCUUGAUACAGCUUUAAAAAAAAAUUGGCCCGCUGAUGUCUGUCAAGAAUGCUUGUCACACAAUCAAAGCCGAGGACCAUUUGAGUCCAUCAAUUUAUGCGCUCAAUGUAAAGUUGAAUGGAAUUUUCUUUUUCGAGACUUGGAAAAUAAAAUGAAAGGUUUUUCGUCAUUGUCAUUGGAUAAUAAUAAUAAAAAAAGAGUUGAGAAAUUUUCAUCGAAAUCUACUACUACUACUACUAUAAAGAAAUCUACUAUUAUUAGUAAGCCUAAUAAUAAUAAUAAUAAUCAAGCUACUCAUACCAACAGACAAAAAGCGAUCAUUCCGCCUACUAAAUCAAAUCAUUUUCAAAAAGCAAAUAAAAAAAUAAUGGCAUCCAAAAAGAAUCAAGAUUUAUUGCUAAAGAAAAAACCUACAAGUGAUCACAUCACAACAGGAGCAUUUUUGACACGAAAGACGGCUUUAACAUUAGCGGAUCCAGAAAAUGGUUUUUAUCCUAAUCCAUACGGCUUUCUACAUCACCAGCAUGUUGAAGUUUUGAAUAUGAAUGGGCUUUGGUAUCUUGGAAGGCUUGAGAUGAUGGAUAAGGGUAAAGUUAAAGUAAAAUAUCUUGAUUGGGACGAUCAAGAAGAAUGGAUAAUUAUGGGUAGCCGACGUUUAAGAAUAGCAGAAGAUCAAUCUAUUAUAGCACGUGAAAGUCAAAAUAAGAUGUCCAGUUCGGAAGAUAUAAUUGAUAUUGUUAAUGUAGAUAAAAAAGAUAAUAUUACAUCGCCUUUAAAUAAUAAAAAGGAAUUAUUAAAUAAUUCUACACCAGUUUCAGUAAAUAAAAAGAAGCUAGAUGAUGAUUAUAUAUCUCAAACUUUAGAUAAAGAUCCUAUGCAUAUCUUUAAUAAUAAUGAGGUAUUUAUGACUCGAAAAAUGGCUCGUGAAUUAACAGAUCAAUUUGGAUUCAAACCAAAUCUAUUUGGAUAUCGUCGUAACCGUCCUGUAAUGAUUACUUCUUUUAGUGGCUCUACAAAGAAGAAAAAAGAAGAACAUUUGGGUUUUUUAAGAGAAAUGAGCCAAGACCAAGUGCGAGUUUGGUACCCAGACCUUCAUCUUUCUGAAUGGCUUCCUAUUGGCACUCGUCGAAUAAGAGUCAUGACGGAAGAAGAAGAAGAAGAAGAAAAGGAGAAGGCUUCCUUAAUCAAUAAGGUCGAUUUGGAUAUUGAAGAAACAGCUCCUUCGUCUCAAACAGUUAUAACUUCUUUAGCAGAGGAAACUCGUACGAAGGAUGAUGAGAAUACUGUAGUACAAAAAUCAGAUACAAGUAAUGAAACUAGCGACACACCUAUUUCAGUAGUAAAAAGAGGCAGAGGGAGACCAAGAAAAAAGUCAUCCACAAUAGAUACAGGAAUAAAUCAUUCUAUUAUAAAGCCAACAAAAUCUCAAAGGAAAAAUAAAACAGAGGUAUCGACUAAAAAAAAUCUGAGUGUAAUUUCGUCCAUAGAAACAGAUACUAGUAAAUUUCCUUCAACGCUAUCAAAUAACAAUAGUAUCUCUUCUUCAUUUACUACUGCCUCAACUGAACAACAGGAUAAAAAUUCCUCUUCUUCAGUUCAUGAAUUCUUGACUACAGGAGCAUUUGCAACAAGACAUACUAUGCGACAACUUCGGGAUGAAAACGGAUUUAUUCCUAAUCCAUAUGGUUACAAAUAUAAAUUGGCAGUUGAAGUCCUCAAUACACGGUCAGGGAAAGCUAAGUUUUGGGAACAUGGAACAUUAAUAGAGAUGCGGCCCGGCCAAGUUAAAGUACAUUAUGAUGGGUGGGCCGAUAUUUAUGACGAAUGGAUUAAAGUGGGUAGUCGCAGAAUUCGCAUCGCAUCACAAGAAGAAAAUAGUAUAUCAGAUAUAGCAAACUCGAAUACUGCUGAUAUAGGGAAUACAGAUCUCUUAAUAGCAGAGCAAAAUCCAGAGUUAGUAGAGGAAGUCAGGAAAAAUCGAAAGCAUCAGAUCAUUCGUCCUGAAGAUUAUCAAAAAUUAGGUUUACUUGUCAGCUUAGAUGAAUUGGCUGAAAAGGAAACAAAAAAAAGGAAAAAACGACAGGAGAAAAUGAAAGUCCAACAACAAAAACGAAAAAUAUCAGAUUAUCAACAUAGUGAUAGCAAUGGUAGUAGUGGGAAAGAAGGAUCGGAUAGUGAUCAUCAGUAUACUCCAGUUAGUAAACAAAGGACCAAAAAAAUUCGUACAACAAAAAAGAAAAAGAAACAUCAAACAUCAGCUUAUUCUAACCAUCAUAGUUGCAAGCAUCAUGCCUCAACAGAGACUGAAAAGAUAGAUACCAUUUUAACAGAAACAGAUGGAGCACAGCAAAAAAUAAUCUCCCUUCGACUCGCUCAAGCUAAGGCCUCUGGAAGUAGUCAGUUUGUGGCAAAUGUUUAUGGUUAUGAUUAUAUGCAGCAUGUUACUGUACUUCAUUUUGAUAAAAAAGUAUAUGAGGGAAGACUUGUAAGUAUUAAUAAGAAUAAAGUAAGAGUGCAUUAUUGUGGCUGGCUUGAUGCCUUUGAUGAAUAUAUCACGCUUGGUAGUAGAAGAAUACAGCCUAUUGAAAACGAUCAUGAAGUUGUAUGUCUUGAGCCUGGUUAUAAAGAAAGAUACGAAAGUAAUAACAGUAUAUUGACGGAGAAUAUAGCAACCACUGUUGAUCCAUGUUGUUGUCAUAAGGAUCAGAAACCACAUACUAUUAAUCGAUUUAGUAGAAAAAGGCUAACAUUAGAUGACGCGAAACUUAAUGAAACUUCAGAUAAUGAUAGUGUAGAAUAUCAUAAAGAUAUGAUAAAUGCUGAUGAUGAAGAAGUUAUUGAAACUGAGAAUUGGAAAGUUUAUUGUAACCAAUGCAACAUAGUUAUUAAGCAGUUUAGGUAUUAUUGUACUUAUUGUGAAACACCAUCUCUUGGAUAUGACUAUCAAAGCUUUGAACUUUGUCUUAGGUGUUUUGAUCAAAAUUUUCCUUUUUGGCAUGAACAUCCUAGAUCCAGUUUUGCAAUUCAAGCUGUCAUUGACGCAGAGAUAGGGCCUAGACCAAUUAAGGGAGAACUUGUGACAAUUUGGGAAGAAGAUAUUUUAGAUGAAACACCAUUAGAGGCAUUGCCAGAUACAAAUGAGCCAUUAAUAAAAGAUGUAAACGUGAUCAAUGACUCGUCAUCUCAGGGAUUUGUUACUGCAAAUACUAUCCAGGAAACUAAUUCGAAACAUCGUACUGAAGAAGAAUCAAUUGAUGCAAGCAAGGUUUUUACCGGAGAUGCUCCUAUAACAACAGAUCAAGGAUAUAAAUAUCUUAAAAAAUGGAGACGUAGAAAAGUAUGUGCAUUUUGUAAUGAUGAUGAUGAUACUUCUGAAGAGCUUGGUUCAUUUAUAGGUCCUUUUAUUAUUGCAACAUUUAAUAAAAACGGUAUUGAGAAGAAAAGAUCAUUUUGGGCUCAUGAUGCGUGUGCUCGAUAUUCACCUGAGGUAUUCUGUACUCCUGAAGGUAAAUGGUAUAAUGUUACUUUAGCUUUGCGUAGAGGUAGAGGCAUGAGAUGCCAUAAUUGUAAAGAAAAAGGUGCAACUAUAGGGUGCUUCGAAUCAAAAUGUUCGAGAAGCUUUCAUUUACCAUGCACUCAGAAACCUGUUAGCUAUUUUAAAAACGGUGUUAUUUUUUGGUGUGGCAUUCAUGAAGCUUAUUACAAUAAAAUAGAUACAUAUGUUAAUAUUUUCAAUUGUGAUGGCUGUAAUAAAGAACUUGCUGAUGAAUCUUGGUUUACAUGUGUUCCAUGUUCGCAAAGCUAUUUUUCUUCGUUUGAUCUUUGCAUGGAGUGCUUUGAAAAUUUUCCUAAAGAUCAUCCCCAUAAUGAAGACGAAUUUGAAGAAACAUCGUUUGCCAUUAUAAAAGAAAUGGAGGCGCAAAAAGCUACAGAAAUUGCACGUGAAAAAGAAGAACGCCGAUUAGCAAAUGCUAAGAAAAGAAAGAGACCUCUUUUUCCAAAACGGCGACGCAAAUUAGCAAAUGGUUCUUUACCUGUAUCUUGUUGCUAUUGUGGAACAUAUGAUGCAGAUAGUUGGCGAAAGGGUUAUGAUGGAGGUGUCAUUAUGUGCAAUAAAUGCUUUGAGUUAGCCCUAUUAAUUGAUAACGAUGGUGAGCCUCUUCCAGAAGACAUGCCUCUUGUUAUUGAAAAUGAUAACAAUGAAACUCAAAUAAUGCAACAACAUCGAUUACAAAAUCGAUAUGUUUCUUCUAUUGAAGACUAUUCGCAUAAACCAUAUCUGACUCGUGAUACAUUAUCAUUAACUAAAUUUAACGAGUCACCUACUAGUAUGCGAUUAGCUUCAUACGAGCCGCAACCAAACCAGCUAUUUUCUCUCGUCUUUGAUUCAACAUAUUUUGAUAUCCCUGGAAGGGCCCCUCGUUGGGCUUCACAUUCAGGCACUGAUUAUCAUGGUACAUGGUUACCGCAAACUGUUCGUAGGGCUAUUCUGAAGUAUACAGCUAAAGAUGAGAGAAUAUUAUCUAAUUUUUUGGGAAGAGGUACUGACGCUAUUGAAUGCUUUUUGUUACAAAGAAAGUGUUGUGGUGUUGAUAUCAAUCCUUCAGCCAUAACGUUAUCUCAACGUAAUUGUUGCUUUGAAGUACCUCCUGGGUUAACAAGUGCUGAAUACCGCCCAAUCAUUGCUCAAGCAGACUCACGACAUUUAUCUGGUGCUCUAUUCACUGAUGAAUCUUACCAUCAUAUUCUUUCUCAUCCACCAUAUAAAGACUGUGUAGCUUAUUCAACUCAUUUAGAUGGUGACCUUUCGAGAUUCACAAAUAUUGAAGAAUUUAAAUUAGAGUAUAUAAAAGUAGUGAAAGAAAGCUGGAGGUUAUUAAAGAUGAGUAGAAGAUUAACUUUAGGAAUUGGUGAUAACAGAGAACAUUGUUUUUAUAUACCAGUUAGCUUCCAUCUUAUACGCUUGUAUAUUGAUCAUGGAUUUGAAUUGGAGGAAUUGAUUAUUAAAAGACAACGAUAUUGCUCAGCAUUCGGUUUAGGAACAUACUUAUGUGUCCAGUUUGACUUUUUAGUGUUCACACAUGAGUUUAUAGCAACUUUUAAGAAAAUCCCAAUGGAAAACAUUAACCGCAUGUUGAUUGAGGAUAAUUUAGACAAUGAUACUAGCGAAAUAAUCGAAGUCAGACGUACUUUACGUGGAGUUCCUUCUUCUGCCAUCAUGAGGAAGAGCAGAGUGAUGGGAACAGUAUGGAUAUUUAAACCAACAACUAAUUAUAGUUUUUCCCAAUUAUGUGUCUCACGAAUGGUAGAAAGGUUUGGUAAAGAUGAUGGCAAUUGGGAAUAUAUUGAACUAAAAUUAAAGAAGCAGCAAAUGCACUCUGCCAUUUUAAAAACAGCAAAUACUCAAACAGGGGAUUUAAUAGAUAAUGGAGUCAUCAAAGUGUUGAAGAAAAAUGGAACAGCGGAGACUGAAGAAAAGGUUACAUUAUCAGAAUACGAGCAAGAACGUUUAAAAAGAAUACAAGAAAACAACAAAACACUACUUAAAUUGGGAUUAAUAUCUGAGCUUAGUGAAGAAUCUGAAGAUGUUAUACAUUGCGAUACAAUGAUGAAUAAAGCUCCAUAUAAUGGAGGUGAUCUGGUAUUAAUGGUGACAGGUCAUAUAGAACCUAUUCUACCGGGCCAAAUCAAUUGUUACAGAAAAUCUAUAGUUUCACUUGCUAACGAAGCUAUUGAUAAACUAGCCACUAAAGGCAUGUUAAUCAUAGGCACUCAGGAUAUUCGUGAUCCUAUUACAGGAAAGUUAUGGCCACUAACGAUGCUUGUUCUAGAGGAUAUCGAAAGGGCAUUAGGUUGUAAUGUUAUAAAAUUGAAGGAAAUGGUUGUUACAGUACCAGAUGGUUAUUCAAAAGAUAGAAAAACUGAGUACGAGCCUGUACAGGAACAAGAAGAAGACUUUAUAGAUAUUGAAACCAUUGAACAUGAUCAUUUACCUAUUGUGCAUGCUAUUUAUCUUGUUUUCCAAAAAUUAUAA